CUCUUAACAAUCAGUCCCAACCUGUCUAAAGCUGGAUGGAAGUGAUGAGGCAUACUACAUGCAUACCAAAUGAUUGGAAGUAAAUCUCAAUACUUAACAAUUAACACAAGAAAGUAGAUUUUUGGUUUCUCUGUCCUUCCUCUUCACCUCUCAUUCAAGGAACCAAACAUAGUAACCCCCCCCUCCUUCCCCAACCACCACACACACACAAACAAAAAAAAAAAAAAAGGAAUAUAGAACCUGCAUUGCUGUUCCAGUCUGUACAUAUGAUACUUAUUAUUGCUACUAAAGGAAUAAGUACUUUCCUUUUACAAAGGAGCCACAAAUGGACCAUGUUCAGUAGCAUAAUCUCAGCUUAACUAUAUUCUUGAGCAUUAUAUUGAUGUUGGAACUAAAAUUCAUAAAAAAAGGUUAUUUCCCUUUUCCCCCUUGCUUUUGAUUAGCGACAUUCGUGUGUAGACCCCCAUUGUGGGAUUACACUGGGCAUGUUGUUGUUGUCUGUAGCCUGUGACUUGUCCUAGUCCUUGACCUGUAUAGAAGUGUCCCUCUUCGUGUGAUCUGUAUUAGAUUACUCUGUCUUUACCCUCUCUGGUCAAGUUUUACUUGCAUAUGUAGUAAUAGAUCAAUGAUAUGUUAGUUCAGAUUGGUGAACUUCAAAAUGUUUUCUUUGUGGAACCAGGUGCUUCAACUGGAUCAAUGUGGUCGCUGUAUGCCAGAUUAUAUCCUAUUGGCUACAUUAGCUCGUUGUCCAAACAAUCUCCCUGCAUUGACGACCUUAUCCUUGAAAGGUGCAUGUCGUCUUUCAGAUACUGGGCUAAAGGCGAUCAUCUCUGCAGCACCUAAUUUAAGGUCAAUGAAUCUUAGCCAGUGCUCUUUGCUUACAUGUGAUGGAGUUAGCUGUUUAUCUAAUUCAUUGGGAUCAGUUCUGAGGGAGUUAUAUCUAGACAAUUGCGAAGCAAUAGAACCCAUGUUUAUUCUGCCAGCAUUGCUAAAGCUAGAACAUUUGGAAGUUCUAUCAGUAGCUGGAAUUCCGACUGUUUGUGAUGCUUUUAUUAAAGAAUUUGUCACUCAUCGAGGUCAGAAUCUGAGAGAGAUUGUUCUGAAGGGAUGCAUGGAAUUGACCGACUGUUCUCUGAAAGAGAUUUCACUAAACUGUCCUGGAUUACGUGCUAUAGAUCUCAGCGACUUGCUUAAAUUGACAGACUCUGCAAUUGGACAUCUCGCCACUGGUUGUAGAGCAGUUGACUAUCUAAAACUCUGUCGCAAUGCAUUCAGGUUUCCAAAAUAUAGCAAUUGA